UUGUUGUCCAUAUCUUUGUGUAUAUAUGAAUCGUUGACGAGACAUGAUAUUGUAAUUAAGUUUACUGAUUUCUUAUACUUAACAUUUUGUCGUGCAGUGAGUGUUCGAAAAUAGUAAUAUGGCGCUUAGAAGGAGUUUAAAGUAUAUUAAUGGUGCCGUAAAAAUGUUUCCAAGCAAUUUGAAACAAGCCUGUAAAAACUAUUCAGACUGCCCGAAUUUCCCAGGAGCCAAAACAACAUGGACGGAGCAGCUACAGUUUACAAAGCCUUCUUCAUAUGCACCGAUUCCGGUAUACAGAGUAUUGAAUAGGAAAGGGCAAGUGGCAGCGCAGCAAAUGGAACCCAACUUAAGUGAAGAUGUGUUGGUAAAAAUGUACAAAACCAUGACUACUUUAAAUAUAAUGGACAAGAUCCUGUAUGAAUCUCAAAGGCAAGGCCGAAUUUCGUUUUAUAUGACGAGCUAUGGAGAGGAAGCUACUCAUAUAGGAAGUGCUGCUGCACUCGAUUUAGACGACUUAGUGUACGGUCAAUAUAGAGAAACUGGCGUAUUAAUGUAUAGGGGAUUUACUUUACAGCAAUUUGUAGAUCAAUGUUAUGGAAAUAUCGACGAUAAAGGCAAAGGCAAGCAAAUGCCCGUUCAUUAUGGUAGUAAGGAGCUGAAUUUUGUUACCAUUUCUAGUCCAUUAGGUACACAAAUGCCGCAAGCUGUUGGUUCUGCUUAUGCAUUAAAAGGUACAGAAAGAGUGGUAAUAUGCUAUUUUGGAGACGGCACUGCUUCAGAAGGAGAUGCACAUGCAGCUUUUAAUUUUGCUGCUACGUUGGGGUGUCCAGUUAUAUUUUUCUGUAGGAAUAAUGGUUAUGCGAUAUCAACCCCAGUCAGUCAACAAUAUAAAGGUGAUGGAAUUGCUGCCAAAGGACCUUCUUAUGGAAUUAAUACUUUGCGAAUAGACGGGAAUGACGUGUUAGCUGUUUAUAAUGCAACCAAAUUAGCCAAAGAAUUUUCAAUUUCAGAAAAGAAGCCCGUUUUAAUUGAAGCCUUGACUUACAGAGUCGGAGACCAUUCUACAUCAGAUGAUAGUUCGAGUUACAGAUCUAUGGAGGAAGUAUCUAACUGGGCAACCAGUGAUCACCCUACAAAAAAAUUUCGACUUUAUUUACAAUCGAAGGGAUUCUGGAGUGAUGAAAAGGAAACUGCUUUAAUAACUGAAGCCAAGAAUGAUAUAUUGACUGCGUUCAGCUUAGGCGAGCAAAAAACUAAACACAAAUGGACAGAAAUGUACGAAGAUGUUUACAAGUUUAUCCCGCCACAUAUCAAGAAACAGCAGGAUGAUAUGAAGAAACAUUUAGAAAAAUAUGGCAAACACUAUUCAUUGUCCUCUUUUAAACAAUAAAUCACGUAACAUAUUUAAGUAUCUUUGGAUAUGCGGAUACAAUUAACAUUGUAAGUUUAGACUGAAUAAAAGUGUCUGUGGAAAAGAGA